UAUGCAACGUUUAUGCGCUUUACGUAACAACGCUGCACUGUAUGAACUGGAAGCUAUACAAAUACAACCAUCUAUAGUGGAGUGUGUGUCAUUUAGUCAACAACAUGGCAUCUUGUUUGCUUAUUUUUAAACAUCUGCCUCCAUUUGUCGGACGGGUUUGCAGAAGAAUGUCUUGUCCCACUCGCUUUGCUGUCCGGGCGUUUGCGACCACUGUAGUUCGUUCCCACCUGCACAGAGCAGAGGGAUCCAGCUCCCUGGGUCUGACCGGGAAAGUUGACCGAUUCGGUGGAGUCACAGUGAACCUGGGGGAUUCUGGUUUACCUCCAGAUAUCAGUGAAAGUUUAUUCAGCACAAUACUGCGAGAUUCUUUAGACCAGUGGAAAGCAGAGGGUAAGGUGGCAGUGUGGCUCAUCGUACCCAUUUCUUUGAGCAGAUGUGCUGCUGCUGCUUCCACUCACGGCUUCACUUUCCACCACGCCAAACAUGACCAUACUGUCCUUGCCCUGUGGCUGGGAGAUGGAGAGAACAGACUACCAGCGUUUGCAACUCACCAAAUUGGAGUGGCAGGUGCAGUCGUCGAUGAAUCCAAUGGAAAAGUUCUCGUUGUCCAGGACCGCAAUAAGACGAAGAAUGCGUGGAAGUUCCCCGGUGGUUUGUCCGAUCCAGGAGAAAAUAUAGGCACUACUGCUGUACGUGAAGUGUUUGAGGAAACUGGCGUUCGCUCAGAGUUCAGGUCUCUGCUCAGCAUAAGGCAGCAACACAACCACCCCAAUGCUUGGGGCAUGUCCGACAUGUACAUCAUCUGCCGCCUCAGCCCGCUCACCUACAAAAUCAACUUCUGCACUCAGGAAUGUCUGCGCUGUGAAUGGCUGGACCUGGCAGACCUGGCCAAGACCAGCCACACCACCCCCAUAACCUCACGUGUAGCCCGGCUGCUGCUUCACGGCCUUGAGAAAGGUUUCGACACGGUUGACCUCGCCAUGGAGGAGCUUCCUGCCGUUUAUUCUGGGAUGUUCUACCAGCUGUACCACAGGCAGAUUCCUUCAACACCCAAAUCCUAGCAUCUAUUUAAGGUCUGUUGAUAAUUGUUGUACACACAGAUACAGAUGUAACUGGUAGUUACAAUCCAGUAAAGUAUUUUGCUGGCUUCACAAAGACAGUCAAGUGUUCAACACACAACAUCAGUCUCACAUUUCAUACCGAUU